AGUUGUGUUUUUGUGUCAAAAUCAACUCCAUUCUCAAAAAGUCAAUUACGUAUGUGAGUGGAACAGUGGAAGAAGAUGGUGAAAAGUGGACGGUUUAUAAUUUCUCAACGAGCCUAUAAAUACGGAGUCUCCUCCGGGAUUUAAUUUCAUCACUUAAAAAUCUUCUUCUUCAAGCAAAUUAAAAUCUUAUUCGAAAAUGUCUUGCUGUGGAGGAAACUGUGGUUGCGGAGCUGGCUGCAAGUGCGUUGGAUGCGGAGGUUGCAAAAUGUACCCAGACUUGAGCUUCUCCGGCGAGACCACCACCACCGAGACUCUUGUCCUCGGCGUUGCUCCGUCGAUGAACUCUCAGUACGAGGCUUCCGGCGAGACUUUCGUGGCCGAGAAUGAUGCCUGCAAAUGCGGAUCUGACUGCAAGUGCAACCCUUGCACCUGCAAAUAGAUAACCACAUAAACCCCUAAGAGUCUUGCAAUAAACCGUUUAUGUUAUGUGUAAUAAUGGCUGAUUUCUCCGGUUGUUUUGCCGGAGACAGUGAGUCUUGCUCUUCUGUGUGUGUUUUAAUGGUUUGGUCAUGAGACAUCUCUGUAAGCUUUAUCUCUGCGACUAUAUAUAAGCCAAAAGUAUUAUGGGUCUGA